AUGGGAGAACAGCCUUAUGCUGUUGAUGUUGGUUCCCAGUGGUUCCAGUCGGACUUGGCGGCAGGCUCAUGUGCCCAGCCAUUGUGGCUUUCAGAAAGCCACGUGCUCCUCACCUCUUGGUCACAUGAUGACACCAACAUCAGAAUCAGCGUGCGCAUGAUCGUGACAGUUUUGAAUCACGUCAAAAGCAAACCUCAACCCAAAGGGCUCCCAGACCCCCCCAAAAGGGAACCACUGAGUGAUGGUAAACAUUCGGAGACUGAUCUGCAGUUGAGGACCAUGUUUGGUCAGUGUACCUAUGUCUGGUGCCAGUGGAGUGCCCUGAAAUCUUCCCCUGAGAAGCUGACCCCCACACUGUCCCCCCCUACAAUGAAUUCUAAGCCUCCAUUCUCACCUUCCUUAGACAUGGAUCUGAAGAUCUCUCAUAUAGAAUGUCUUGCCAAGGAGAUUUUGGUGAAGUUUCAGGGCAAAUGUGAUAUCGAAUGUGAAUUUGACUACCACAUAUUGCAGAGUGAAAUACAGCACAUUCCCAAAGCCCAUGAGAAUGUUGAUGUUGGUGAAUUUUGUUUAGUUGAAGAAAGAGAUUCUGGAGAAUGGCAUAGAGGACAAGUAGUGGAAAAUAUAAACCAGUCCUACAAAGUAUUUCUCAUAGAUUGUGGAAAAGAAUUAAGAGUCAGUGCUACUCGCGUGGCUUCUGCACGUGACAACUUAUUUGAGCUCCCGCCAAGGAUGGUAGUUGGUGUUUUUGCCAACAUCCUACCUCUUGGGGAGAAGUGGUCCCCCAAGGCUUUAAAUUACUUCAUGUCAUUAGUAGGACUCCAAGUGAAGGGACACGUGCAGGCCAUUCUGCCUCAUCAAAUGGUCCUCUUGGAAGUGCCGAGAAUCAUCUCCGAGCUUCUUGAGCUACAGUUAGGAAGGCUCAUUGACGGAGAUUCAUUUCGUCUUAUUAUAGAAAUGUUAAAAGAAUCUCCCCCCAGUCCCUCUUGCUCCCAAAUGCCAGAUCUGCUGAAACAACCAUAUCAAAGGCUUAACUCUUCAUGUAGCAAUAAUGAGAUGUCACCUAGCUAUCAACAUGUCCUCCAUAACUUGCAGCCAUCACUGUCCGUUAACUGUACGGAGAGUGUAAAGAUCGCUUCGGCAGUUAGUCCCGGUAGAUUUUAUUGUCACUUAAUGAAAUGGUUGCCAGAGCUGGAAAACUUAACGGCAGCAAUGUCUUUGCACUAUGAGGCGGUCAGCAGAGAGCGGAAUCCUCCAAGUGAUAAUUUUGGGCUGCUUUGUGUUGCCAAGAGGAGAAAUAGGCGGUGGUAUAGAGGGGUUCUCCAGCAGCUGCUGCCCCAUGACCGAGUGAAGAUUUGGUUCAUGGACUUAGGCAGCAGUGAGGCUGUGCCCUCCAGUUAUGUGAAAAAACUUAAGCAAGAGUUCAGUUUGGUGCCAUUGUUUUCAUUCCCUUGUUCUCUGUCACAUUUCAGCAAUCCGGACAAAGACGUAAGACAUUUCCAGCUUAAGUUAUUUAAACAAGCUUUGUUAGGGCAGACGUUGUUUGCACACAUCGAUCAGUUCGAUCCUGAGGAGUGUUUGUAUUACGUGACCUUCCAUAAUCAAGAGUCUAUGGUGAGCCUAAAGAGCCCACUGCAGGCAAACAAACGUCUUCUGCCACGUAGCCUGAUGUCUGAGGAAGAAGCUCAUCGGCCUUCGGGAGACAGCGAGCCCUCUCUCAGGAGCAGUGCUGAAAUGGCGAGCUUUCUGGGCGAUUCAGCCCCAUCAGUCUCCGAGUUGGACAAAGACCCUUUAUCGACGGUGGCCGUGUGCUGGAAGACGAUGGAAAUGAAAGUCAAUUCUGCCUAUGUGGCUUUCGUGGAGUAUGUGCUGAACCCAUCGAACUUCUGGGUACGCACUAAUGAUCACCAAAAGAGAUUCCAAGACUUAAUGAAGAAGAUAGGGGAAUUGUAUGAUCCUUGUGAGAAGGAAGACAUGGUUCUCAAAAAACCAGAGCCUGGAUUAUUUUGUUGUGCCCGGUAUCAGAAGGACAUGCAUUUUUAUCGAGCCGUCAUCACUGAAGUGAAUGCUUAUCAGGUUAAUGUAUAUUUUCUGGAUUUUGGAAAUACUGAAUCGGUACCGUUUUAUGAUGUAAAGAUUUUGUUGCGAGAAUUUUGUGAAUUACCAGCACUAGCUAUGUGCUGUUCACUGGCUCAUGCAUAUCCUAUUGAAGAUAUAUGGGUGAAGAAAGCAACGGAUUUUUUUAAAAAGACUGUGUUUGACAAAGCGCUCCUGCUCAAAGUUGUGGCCAAGAAAAAGGACAAGUAUAUCGUUAAUGUCCAGUGUAUUGAGGCCACUGGGAAAGUUAAUGUUGUUAGUCUUAUGGUGCAAGCUGGUUAUGCAGAAUAUUGGGAGGUAAAACCAGAAUGUCUUCCAAAACGUGGAACAGACUUUUUAGGACCGAAUUUAAAACCUGGGCCCAACAUUUCGAUUGCACAAGGGAAACAGCCUCUUUUAGCCAUAGCUGGCCACAGUCCUUCGAGGAAGUCAGAGUUCUCCAUCGCUGCCUUUGCAAGGUCAGGGGGCCCUUUUCCCAGAAAUCUAGGGCCUGUGUCUGGCAGGAGCGAGCCGCUCCAUCCAUACAAAGAAUAUAUGUUCAAGCCUGGGACUGUUAUUGAUGUUAAGUGUUCCUAUUUCUCUUGCCCUGGAGAUUUUUCUUGCCAGCUGCAGAGCAAGUUACCGGCCCUGAUGCUGCUUAUGGAGCAGAUGCAGAAGUAUUAUGGGACCCACAGUGACCCUUAUCAGGCAGGACAGGUGGCUUGUGUUGCCCGGUAUGCAAAAGAUGGAAAGUGGUACCGAGCAGCUGUUGUGACUCAGGUGUCCCCCAGAGAAGUAGUUGUUAUAUUUGUUGACUAUGGGAAUCAGGAAAGAAUCUUAAUUAAAGACCUUUGUGCUAUUAACCCAGAUUUUCUUAUUUUAGAGGGGCAAGCAUUUAGAUGUAGUCUUAACAAUUUAAUUGAACCCACUAAUUCUGAAUCAUCAUUCAGUUGGACAACAAAGUCUUGUAUAGACUUUGGAAACUUUAUUUCUUCGUAUGAUGGACUAUUGACUUGUAUUAUCUAUGCUUUGGUUUUAAUACAGCCAAACUGCCUGUGCAACAUAGUCGACUUGCGAACUCCAUUCACCAGUGCCCGAGAAUUUCUGGUCAGUUGUGGCUGUGCACAGCAUAGUAUAUUUUCAAACUCCUUGCCAGCAUCAGUGAGCCUUUACAGUUUCUGCUAUUCUUCUUUCAACUUGAAGAUCGGAAGUGAAGAAGAAGUUUAUAUAUCCCACAUCCAAAGUCCAAAAAAGUUUUAUUGUCAACUGAGGAGAAACAGUCAAAGUCUGGAGGUAAUAGGGGCACGAAUUGCAGAGAUUAGUAACCUCACAAAGUAUCCAGAAUUCGACGGCAAAACAAGAUUAUGCUUGUCUAGGUACUUUGAAGAUGGUCUUUUUUACAGAGCAGUAGCAUCUCCCGUGGCUUUAUCAUCCUAUUUGUUGGUCUACUUUGUGGACUUUGGAAAUAAACAAAUAGUAGAAGGGAAUACAUUGGUGCCUCUGUUAGAUCAGUCUCCGGAGUUGCUUUUUACACCUAUGCAGGCAAUAAAGUGCUAUCUCUCAGACCUUAGGGAUGUGGACAUUCCAUCAGAAAUCAGCAUCUGGUUUGAAGAAAACUUUCUGGGAAAACCACUGAAAGCAGUGGUCGUGUCCAGGGAUUCAGAUGCCCAGCUUGGCUUAGAACUAUAUGAUGGCUGUCAGCAGAUAAAUCAUAAAAUUAAAACUUUGCUUCAAGUUUAUGGGAAAAAAUAUGACCUAGGAAAAUGUGUGGGAAAGUUUCAGAAGAAAUAUGAAAAUAAAAUGUUGGGUCGGGCAUCAUCUAAAGACAAAGCGCACCACUGUCAUUCGACCAUAACUAAAGCUGGUCAUCCCAAGCAUCUUGAAAACAAAGUGGAUCAAACUGUGAAUUUCAAAGGUGUGAAUGCCAAACUUUUAAAGUUAGCAGCCUCUCUUCCGAUGGAGCCUGUUUUCAAAAACAGAGUGAACCAGCCUUUAAAGGGGAGACUGAAAAUUACAAAUGGAAAGCCUAGCCCUGAAUCUGCUUCCCAGCUUGACUUAACUAGUGAAGGAAAAGCGGCAUCGGCUGCAUCAGAAACCCGUAUAGCUCGAGAGUGCAUCACUCUAUCAGAAACCGAGAGUGUGGCUAGACCACAGAUCUCAGACCUCCCUCCUCCUCCUGUCCGCCUCAACGCCAGAGUUAAGGGCUACAUAUCUAAUAUAUGGAGUCCAGCCAGUUUCCAUAUUCAGCUUGCUGAGAGUGAAGACUUAAUCUUUAAACUUGGGAAAGAAUUAAAUGAGAGGAUGGCAGAUCUAGACAGAGAGAGUGAGUUGAUCCCACUUUCAGUGGGAGAUCUCGUGGCUGCAAAGUAUGUUGUUGAUGAUGCCUUCUAUAGAGCAGUGAUUAAAAGCAUUGUAUCAAGGGAUUCUUUGGAAGUGGAAUUUAUCGACUACGGGAACACAGAGACUGUCAGUCUGUCCCGAAUCCGCGAGCUUGAUCGGAGGUUUUUGACUGUCCCUCCGCUCUGCCUUCAUUCUUUUCUUAGUGGAGUAAGAUAUAAUGAACCUGAUCGAUUAUGGGACAGCAAAACAGUUGCUUACUUUGCUGAAAAAGUAAAUAACAAACUAAUGUCUUGUGAAUUUUUGAAGAAGCAUGAGCAGAAAUGGGAAGUGAAUAUUAUUUGUGAUGAAAAGUGUGUCGUUAAUGAAAUGAUGAAAUGGAUCGCGUGUUCAAAUAAGCAGGAGAAGGUAUCAAAACCACCUGAACCGCUCUCUCAAAAAGUGAGUCUGGGUGUUGAUAAUAAAGAACAGGAAAGGCCAGAAGAAAGUAAAAGCCCGAAAGCGCCCUUCCCCCAACCAGCCCAAAUCCCGAGUCCCGAGUUAAAGCCUGGACAGCUCGAGAGGGCUGAGAUCCUUUAUGUUUUAAAAUGUGGAAACUUCUCUGUGAAACUGAGCAAAAAUGCGCAAGUGGCAUCCGUCUUGCUUUCCUUGGUAGUCAAAGAGGCCAAGGAAAGCCCUCUCCUGCCCGUGGAAAACAUAGAAGAAGGCUCGGAGUGCUUGACCAGAUCCAGACUAGCCGCGGCCUGGUGCCGGGCCAAGGUGGAGAAGCGUUUGGGAGAAGAGAAGAUGCUCGUCUAUCUGAUGGACUGCGGCCUGUACGAAGUGGUGCCCUUGCUGGGGACGAAGGAGCUCAGCCGGGAGCUCAGGAGCAUCCCCCAGCAAGCUGUGCCUUGCAAGUGGAUUUGGAUCGAAAAUGCGAGGAAGAUGUCAUUUGAGGCCACGGCGCGCUUGUUUGCUCGCUUGGAAACAAAAAUCCUGUUCCUCCGCUACCUCGGCGCUGCCUGGGAAGUAGAGAUCUUGGUCGACGGCCUGUUGCUGUUGGAAUACCUAAGCUUUAGGGUCAGUCAGAGCGAGGAAAGCAGGCGUGGUCGUUCAGAGAUCAUUCUUGGCGUGGAGCCGGAGACGCCGGAGACGUCCUUCAGAGUGAACUCUGUGAAGUGGGCUGCGCUUCAGAGUGGCCGACAGUAUGGGGGCUUUGCCACGGCUAUUUGUGACCCCUCUGACUUCUCUGUGCAGCUGGAGGACUUCUUUGACACCAUGGUGUCUCUGUGUAGGCUGCUUUUGGCUCUGCCCGGUCACCUCCCCACCCUGCCCCCACAGCUGAUCAUUCCAGGGGCCAGUUGUUUGUUCAGAUAUGGGUGGGAAGGUCAGUGGCACAGGGUAGAAAUUUCCGAAGUCUCCACUCAAUCUGUGCUGCUGCUGUUUAUGGAUUAUGGGUUUUCUGUCUGUGUUCCCCAUUCAGAGUGUGUUCAUCUCAAAGUCAUUCCUGAGGAGCUUUUGUGUUUGCCACGGCUUACUUACCGCUGUGCCUUACACGGGGUGCUGCCUGCUCGUGGGGACCACUGGGAGGAUGCUGCAAAAGCAUUUUUUCAAGACUUAAUGAGCAAGCCCGGCUUGUUCUUCCUGCUUCGGGAAUAUUGCCCUGGGAUAAAGCUCGUAGUUGAGGUCAUGCAUGGGAAAAAUAGCCUCGCAGACCUGCUGGUGCUAGCUGGGCAUGCAGUCUUCUCUAAAGAGGUGGCUCGUUUGGGGGCAGUGAAUAGCAUCCAGUCUACUAAAAUAGAAUGUAAAUUGCAGGGAAGGCACUUUUAUCCACUAUUAGAUAAGGUUUUUCCAAAUGACAAUGUACUUUUGAUGGGCACAGGGAAAGAGGGACCGCAGCAGCGGAAAUUAAUUCCAUGGAAAGAUGUCUACAGAAAUAUUUUUGGAAAGCCUACACCUAGUACUUGUUUGCAUUCCAGAAACUUAACCAUGAGGAAGAAAGUUGGGAGUGGAAAACACAGAUCUAAAAGUACUAUAAAGUUUGAGAUGUGUGAAAGAAAUACACUUUGGGAACCACAUGGUCACUUGACAAAUGAGCCUCGUUGCAUAAAAAAUAUUCCUGAAAACCUGCCACCAGGAGACAUAUGGAGAACAUAUAACCUUUGUACCAGAAUAAAGUCAUUCAAUGUCAAUGAAGAAAUGCUAUUAGAAGAGAAUCCAAACAAGGAGGGAGGUGAGAAUUCUGGUCACUUAUGCAUCAGUUUGCCGACCACUGUUCAAAAGGAAACUCGUUCUGGAAGCCUUGAGGCCUGCUGCAGUUCCGCAGGGUAUGAUGAGGAGGAGCUGUAUGAAAAUGUGGCCUAACAUAUCAAAAAUCCUUUGUGGUGACAGAAGAUGGACCUGGUGGGAUGUGCCAGUAGUUUAAGUCCUGAAGUUCAAAAAGACAAACCGAUCUUGGAGCAG